AUGUUUGCUCAAAUUCGAGUAAUUCAGCACUUUAUGGACGAAAUCCAAGUAUGAAUUCUUUUUCAUCCCUUUUUUAGUCAUAAAAAAUAUUUGCGUGUGAUGUGUGGCAUCUAAAUAUCGAAAACUUUGUUCAAUCAAUUUAAAUUUAUUUUGUGAAGAAUUAAAUGUUAAAGCAAUGUUUUUAAAGGUCAAACUUGGCGAAACGUAAAAUAAAUAGGAAGAAUGAGUAGUGAUAUUUAUUAAAUAAAAAAAUAAUAUAUAAUUAUAAAGAAGAAGUAUAUUAAUAGAAAUUGAUAUAAUUUAGAUAAAAAUUAAUGUUUCAAGAUUUAAUCAUAAAUUGUCCAAAUCAAGAACAUGACAACAAUGUAAAAUUAAUUUGCUUUGAUAAAUCAUGCAAAACAAACAGAUUAUACUGUAUGUAAUGCAAUAGAGAGGGAAUGCAUUGUUCUCAUCCUUAAUAUUAAUAUGAAUUGCCGAUUUUAUUGGAACAUAUUGAAAAAGCUUAUUAAGAAUGCGAUCAUUUUGUUAAUAGAAUAAAAUAAAUCAUAGAUUUAGUUUAUCAAUCGUUUAAUUAAUUAAUUGGAGGAAUCAGAGAAAAAUUUCAAAGAUCAAAAGAAUAAUUUCUAAACUUAAAUUCAAAAUAAAUGAAUUCUUUUUUUGAAUAAGUAAUCCUAUUCAAAUCCUUUGAAGCUAAAAUUGAAACACAAAUUACAGAAUCUUCCCAAAAUUUUCAAUAUUAAUUAAAAUAUUUAUAUUAAGAUUUAAACAUAUCUUAAUUAAACUAUUGUCAAAUAUCCAAUAGUGAUAUCCAAAAAUCUUAAGAAAUAUGUCAAAAAGGUAUCAAAAAUUAAAAAUUAGGGUAUGAAUUAUGGCUGAAUGAUAAUGAUUAUUUGGAAGCAAUCAAAAAUUUUGAUUAAGCAUUAAUUUGGAAUCCUAAAAAUUAAUCAGCAUUGUAAAAGAAAGGUAGAAUUUCUAUUAUAUGUUUUAGCGUAUUGUUUAAGACUGCUUAAAUAAUAUAAGGAAGCGAUUUAAUGGGCAGAUAAAGCCUUGGAUAUCGAUCCUAAACAUGAAGACACAAUGAAAGGCAAAGGUAGAUCUACAAUUUUAUAGGUUGUAGGGAUUAGUUUAUUUAUGCUUGAAGAAUAUAAGGAAGCAAUUAUUUGGAUAGAUAAAGCCUUAGAAAUCAAUCCUAACAAUAAAUUAUCAUUGUAUUACAAAGGUAGAAUGUCUAUUAUAUGUUUUAGCGGAUUGUUUAAGACUGCUUAAAUAAUAUAAGGAAGCAAUUAUAUAGGCAGAUAAAGCCUUAGAAAUCGAUCCUUAAUAUUAAUUGGCAUUAUAUUGCAAAGGUAUAGAUGGCAAUUAAUCAAUUAGGGUAGUGCUUACAAACACUAAACUAAUAUGCAGAAGCGUUGAUAUUUUAUGAAAAAUAUCUAAAGAUUGAUCCAAAUGAUCAGUAUGCAAAAAUUAGGAAAAGUAUUAUUUUAAAUCUAAGAUUAAGAUUAAUGUUUAGAAGCUUUGGAAAUAAAAUGA